AGGAGUUCAAACGCAUUGUUCAGAGAGACACGAUUCGUCUAAGACAGUCUUACACAGUAUAACUAUUGUAUAUGUACAUAUAUCAUAAACUGUACUUCGUGCACCCAUCUUUGCUUGCGGUUGUCCUAUCAAGAAGUCGACUGUUGCAUACCGCUUCAACUGCGACAGCUGGACAUGCUUAUUGCAUAGUUCGUCACAAGCCCAGGCUAAGCCAAGGCUAAAUGAAAUUCCUUAUCGAUGAUGCACCUUGUUGGCGCUAGUAUAACUUCUUGGUGCGGCGAAUGUCUGCCGUGGGCCCCGAUGGCACACUGUUUGAGGGCUUCGCGGUCUGUGGCCUCGCUUUACCUCUGACAAGCAUCGAUGUCGACGGCGUUGGCCUUCAAGGGCGGCCUAUUUUCCGCUACAAGCCAGCUGUCCUGGACCAGCUGCUCCUGGAUGGCAAGACGUUACCGUUACAACUUGCCGCGUGCUGCAUGCCCGAUGGCGUGGAGCUGGUGUCCGCGUCAGCAGCGGGCGCCCGGGUCAAGUCCGCCGACCUAGCCCCCCGGCUCUACUCGCUGGUACUGACAGACGAGGGCGGCAAGCGGCUGUACGUCACGUGUCUCAGCUACCUGGAUGCCGUACCUCCUGCCGUACAAUUGGCCUCGUGCCACCACUUUAACAGCACCAGCAACAACAUCGACGGCGAUGACGAGCAGAAGCAGCAGCGGCUCCCACUCCUGGGCGCGCAGGCCACUCGGGCGCUAUGCCUGGUCAGCAGGCUGCCGUACCUCGCAUCCGCAGAGCA